AUGGUGGAAGCUUCCACAACUAAGAACGUACCCGCAGCCUCUUCACAGCGAAACAUGUUUGCCAUAGAGGCAGCACUAGCAUCAGCUGCCUUACCCAAGAUAUCUAAACGGGGCCGGAUUAGCUGGUUGCAAGAAGAUCUACACAGCUGCGAAAAGAAUUUCGAGAGCCAGAAAGCAAACUAUGAGAGCAACAGCAGUUCGGGAGGUGAGGGACGUCCGAUGGUUGCACCACAGAAUAGGAGGAAUAACAGCAGAGGUAGUCCCAGUUGCACCGAAAGCAGCAUUGUGCUUAGCAGAUCCAACAGCGGAACCAGUGCGUCGCAGCGACAGUACAAUCAUGUUGAGACACCCUCACGAGGCACGGACAACUGCAGCCGACUUCUUGAUAGGAUGUACACCCUAACUACCAGUACCACUGGAUUUCAAAGAAGCAGCAGAGGCAGCAGCAACAGUAGUAUGGUAGGCAACGCACUGAGAGCCGAUACCAUGCCACGGCUCCUGCGGAAAGGCCAGCCUCUUAUUUCUGCCAUCAUUUCCAACACUUGUCAUGAUCAUUUGCCGCCUUUGCCUGCUGCUCCUACCGCACCGCACGUUUAUUCUACCACGUCUGGUGUGCCGUCAGCUGGUGCUUCUGCGGGAAGACCACACGUCUGUGUUGCUGAGAACCCCGUUUUACAUGAAAGCCAUAGGCACGCCACCGAAAGUUUUAGUUUCACAAGCACGCCGAAUGCUUUAGCAGCUCAAGGAACUUCAGCUGCUGGUGCUAAUGCUUAUGAGAACAAGAGCGAGGAUUCUGACUGUGUGCUCUUAGAACUGACAGCGCACCAUCUGCAGGAGCGGAGGCGGGGGCGGCAGCAGCAGCAACGCCCUGUGCUGCAGCAACCAGCGCGGGAAUCCUUACCUCUUUUUUCGUGGAAUCCGCAAGAAAUGGUAGCAGCUGCCGUAUCUGCAGCAGCAGGCUCGUCAUCAGUCAUGAACACAGAGAAAGGAGCUGUUGUUUCUUCGGCCGCUGCAGUAUUGCUUGCUGGAUGUGCCCGUCGUGCAGCAGUGGGAGGAAAAUCUGCAUCUGGCGCCGUUCACUUGCGGCAGCUUGUUACAUCUCGAAGGGAUCAGCAGUGUCUCUUCUUUUUAACCGGCGAAGUAGUAGAUUCAGCUGAAACACUUCGGCCCAACGUCAUCGCUUUCUGCAACAAUCGAGGAGUUGAUCCGCCUCAUAGCACUCCUGGUGAGGUCCAAGGGGUAAGACAUAAGGUAUGCGGAGCAGGUUCAGAGAUUUGGAUUAAAAGGUUUAGGGCAGAGGUUUAUCCUUGUGCAGGACUUUUAGAAAUGGUGGCCUCAGUGUUGAAUGCCCCAGACUUUGGAAGCUUGUGGCCAUCCAAUGCCCGGUGGCCUCAAUCGCCCGAGGACUCAUUUCCAGGUUUGAAGCAAUGCGUGCAAAGCAAGACCAGCGGGAAGGGGCAGAGUGUGACAGACAGCAACGAGGACAUAGUGAGCGGAGAGGGGGACACGGAUGACUGGCUGCUGGUGGAACCGGACGACGACGCCUUUGAGGCACCAUUUGAUGCUUCGCACAUCAGUAUCACAGACUGGUCUGCUGCUGCUAAGAGACCACAGAGUAGUCCUUUUGCUCUCGCUGCGGAGGUCUUUACACAAGCUGCCAGUUUAGCGUCUCACACGCAGGUUGCUUCCAUGGCCGUUUUUAGAUAA